AUGGCAAGUCAUGGUGAUGCUGAGCGAGCUGAUGGUGGUAGACGUGGUUCCCGCAUUUCCAGAGCUUCACUGAAGGAUGACUAUGCUCAACUGGACGAGUACGGAAAGCUCGUCAAGUAUGUAUCAACCUUCCAAGCUGCGAAUGCCAACCAGGAAGACGAAGCUCAAUAUGAAGAGAAAAGGCUGUGGUAUGCGCCAUGGAAAAAGCGCAGGGUUCGUGUCAAGAGAGUUGACGAUAGUGCCGCUGAAUUCCCAGACGACUGGCUCACCACCGACAUCCACCAUGGUUUAUCCACUGAAGAUGUGAACAAUCGCCGUCGCCGGUCAGGCUGGAAUGAACUGACGUCUGAGAGGGAAAACCCUAUCGCCAAGGUUCUGUCCUAUUUUCGCGGUCCCAUUCUUUACGUCAUGGAGCUGGCUGUCUUGUUAGCCGCUGGUUUGGAUGAUUGGGUUGAUUUUGGCGUCAUCAUUGGUAUCCUGUGUCUGAAUGCCGCUGUCGGUUGGUAUCAAGAGAAGCAAGCUGCCGAUGUGGUUGCCAGUCUGAAAGGUGAUAUUGCCAUGCGAGCAAUUGUGAUACGAGAAGGCACCCAACAGGAGAUUUUGGCACGGGAACUAGUACCAGGAGACGUGAUCAUCGUGGCCGAAGGUCAAGUCGUCCCGGCUGAUGCCAAGGUAAUUUGUGAUUUCAAUGACCCCCACGGCUGGGAAGAGUUCAACGAACUACAAGCGCAAGGCAUGCUCGGUGGUGGAUCUGAGUCAGAUGAAGAAGAACAGGUCAAGGAGGAGGAGCCCGAGGGGAAAGGAACCGCAGAAGGAAGUGGAGACGCCAGUAGCAACACCAAAGCAGAAAAACAGAAGGCGAAAACACGUCGACGCGGUUAUCCCAUUCUUGCCGCGGAUCACUCUGCAAUCACGGGCGAGUCUCUGGCCGUGGAUCGUUAUAUGGGUGAUCCGAUCUUCUACACGACAGGCUGUAAGCGUGGCAAGGCCUACGCCGUAGUUCAAACUGGUGCAAGAACUUCCUUUGUUGGCCGCACUGCGACUAUGGUGGCUUCUGCUAAGGGCGCAGGCCACUUCGAACUCGUCAUGGACAAUAUCGGAACGUCUCUCUUAUUCCUUGUGAUGACAUGGAUUCUGGCUGCGUGGAUUGGUGGUUUUUUCCGUCACAUCCCUAUCGCUUCUCCCGGACAACAGACACUACUUCACUACACUCUAUCCUUGCUGAUUAUCGGUGUACCUGUCGGUCUUCCCGUCGUCACCACUACGACAAUGGCCGUGGGUGCUGCUUACCUAGCGAAGAAGAAAGCAAUUGUGCAGAAACUGACUGCCAUCGAAUCUCUGGCUGGUGUAGAUAUUCUCUGCUCAGACAAAACCGGAACUCUGACAGCCAAUAAACUCAGUAUCCGUGAUCCAUACGUGCCUGAAGGUGUGGAUGUGGACUGGAUGUUUGCUGUUGCUGUGCUUGCAUCUUCGCAUAAUGUUGAAUCGCUGGACCCAAUUGACAAAGUCACCGUCCUGUCACUCAGACAGUAUCCCAAGGCACGAGAAAUCCUACGCCGUGGAUGGAGAACCGAAAAGUUCACACCAUUUGACCCUGUCUCUAAGCGAAUUGUGACUGUGGCUACGUGUGACGGAAUUCGAUAUACUUGCACAAAGGGAGCCCCGAAGGCAGUGCUGGCGCUAACAAACUGCUCGAAGGAAACAUCGGAUCACUACAAGGAAAAAGCACAAGAAUUUGCCCAUCGUGGCUUCCGCUCACUUGGAGUGGCUGUUCAAAAGGAGGGUGAAGACUGGAUUCUUCUAGGAAUGCUGCCUAUGUUUGAUCCUCCUCGCGAAGAUACAGCUCAGACAAUCAGCGAAGCACAGAAUCUUGGUAUCAGUGUUAAGAUGCUCACGGGCGACGCUCUUGCUAUUGCGAAAGAGACCUGUAAGAUGCUGGCCUUGGGCACUAAAGUCUUUACCGCGGAUAAGCUUAUUCACGGUGGUCUGAGCGGCGUUAUGGCUGGGGAUCUAGUCGAAAAAGCGGAUGGAUUUGCGGAAGUUUUCCCUGAGCAUAAGUAUCAAGUGGUGCAAAUGCUUCAAGAACGAGGCCAUUUGACUGCUAUGACUGGAGAUGGCGUGAACGAUGCUCCAUCGCUCAAGAAAGCGGACUGUGGUAUUGCUGUCGAAGGUGCAUCAGAAGCAGCACAAACAGCAUCGGAUAUCGUGUUUCUCGAACCCGGCUUGUCGACGAUCAUCGACUCUAUCAAAGUUGCAAGACAGAUCUUCCAUCGCAUGAAAGCUUAUAUCCAGUAUCGUAUUGCGCUAUGCUUGCACUUGGAAAUCUACCUAGUGACAUCGAUGAUUAUCCUUAACGAAAGCAUCCGUGUUGAGCUCAUCGUCUUCCUGGCUUUAUUUGCCGAUCUCGCAACUGUCGCUGUGGCAUAUGACCAUGCCUCCUUUGAACUCCGUCCUGUGGAAUGGCAACUCCCCAAAAUCUGGUUCAUCUCUUCAAUCCUCGGCGUACUGCUUGCCUUAGGCACCUGGGUCGUUCGUGGAAGUAUGUUCCUCAAAUCGGGCGGCAUCAUCCAAAACUGGGGCUCUAUUCAAGAAGUCCUAUUCCUGGAAGUGGCGCUUACAGAGAACUGGCUUAUUUUCGUGACACGUGGUAUCGAAACCUGGCCAUCACUUCAACUGGUGUGCGCUAUACUGGGCGUGGACAUCCUCGCAACGAUAUUCUGUUUGUUCGGAUGGUUUACCAACCAGGAUAUGAGGUCAGACCCUCAUGACUCAUAUGUCGAGACCAAGGACGGAUGGACAGAUAUCGUGACUGUAGUCCGUAUCUGGGGCUUUUCGCUGGGCGUGGAGGUUGUUAUUGCUCUCGUCUAUUACGUUCUCAACAAGAUUCAGUGGCUCGAUGACCUCGGUCGCCAGACGCGCAGCAAGGGUGAGAUCAAGAUUGAGAACUUGCUCGGCCAUCUCUCCCGCUUAACAAUUGAGUACGAGGAGCCUGGUAAGCCCCCUGGUCGGUUCUAUCUGUCUUCAAGCAAGGAGGAGGAAGAUCUGGAUUGA